AAUAGUACUUCUUCACAUAAGAGUCAAAAGUGAAUGUCAGAUCUUUCGGGGCGGUUUGUAGUAGGAAAACUCCCUUUACAAUACUUAUAAAUCGAUAUUCCUUUCUCUCCUUUCUUUUCGAAAAUUCCAAACAGAAAUGUCCUAGUUGGUCGUGACUCGUGUUGUGCGUUUUGCGCCUGAGUUAGUUCCACCAAAUGGUUUUCGUGGAGUCGCCUUUUGCCUUUUCGUUUGAAAUAUUCCCAGUACAAUCUACUAUUGUUUAAACGGUAAGAAAGGGAAAAUUUGAUAAAACGUAUUUAAAACUCCGAGGUGCUCGGUUUCAGUGGCUUUUCCGCAGAGAAUAAUGGGCGCAGGACGGAAUCUUAUCGUCUUCAACGCCCUGCUACUUCUAAUUUCAGUGGUUAGCUCGUUAUCAACUUCCGAACUGAAACAGUACAAACAACCAGACGACGUUUUAGAUGGUUUUUAUGACAGAUUGGAAAAUACCGAUGAAAACCUGUGUACAAGAGAAUGCGACGGGAAGCCUAAAAUUUGCUACUACGAACUAACUGUCGAACUUUACACGUCGAUGGGAUCAGCAUGUGAAAAUUGUCCGUCCAAUUUCACCGCCUGCGCCAAUCCACAGUGCGUGACAGCCGAUGGAUCCCAACGAGGAAUAUUGACCUACAACAGGCGUUUACCCGGGCCAUCAAUCCAGGUGUGCGAAGGGGACAUGGUGGUGGUUGACGUGCACAACAACCUUCUAGCCGCCGGGACCUCUAUCCACUGGCACGGGAUUCGACAGUUGGGUACACCUUUUUCGGAUGGAGUGCCAAAAAUUACUCAGUGCCCAAUUCCAGCACGAAAUGACUAUCGCUACUACUUCAAUACUACACAAGCAGGGACAUACUUUUAUCAUUCGCAUUCAGGGCUUCAGAAGGUAAACGGUCUAUUUGGCUCACUAAUUGUAAGAGAUCAAAAGAAGCACGAGGCUUUUGGCUAUCUAUAUGACUACGACUUGCCUUCACAUGUCAUCUUGGUGAAUGACUGGAUCCACAAAGAUGCCAAACAACAUCUUCCUGGGCUGAAUGAUACCGAAUUAUCUCCAAACUCAUACCUUAUCAACGGAAGAGGGAUAUUUGUUCCUCCAGAUGUGAAACAAUCACGAUAUGUGAAGACGCCGGUUUCCGAAUUCAGAGUAAGUAAAGGAAAACGGUACAGGUUCAGAUUGAUAGGAAGCACCUGCCUCUCUUGUACGGUCCAAGUCAAGUUUUUCGGACACAGGUUAACAACAAUUUAUGCAGACGGAGGUGGGCCAGUCAUCCCUACUACUGUUGAUACUGUAGAAUUGAACUCAGGAGAUAGAUUUGAUGUGAUCUUGAAUGCCGAUCAGGAAGUUGACUCUUAUUGGAUAUUAGCCAGGGGCUAUGGGGCAUGUGAAAAUGCUCAGCAAUUUGCCAUCUUGAGGUAUAACGGUCAUAGAGGAAAGCCGUCAGCACGAUUUCCAGGGUUUAGUUCUGUACCUAAAGGAAUUGUUUUAAACCCUAGCAAUUCGUUCUGUAACACUUCAAAAGAAGUUUGCUUGCAUCAUCUUCAAUCCCCGAACCCUGUAUCUUACCAAAGUCCUAAGUUGAAAGAAAGAGUGUUCAUAAGAUUUGGGUUUUAUUUCUACGAAUUGGAUGAUUUGUUCCAAAAAAACAAGUAUCAGCAUUAUUUUGUGCCUUCUCCGACAAUCCACGUUAAAGCUCUUAUGAACAAUGUGUCUAAUGUUUUACCUCCUUCACCACUGUUGUACCAAUACAAUGAUGUUCCUGAGGAUGCUUUUUGUAAGCCUGAGUGUUUUGAGCCCAGCAUUCAGAAAUCAUGUACUUGUUCAUUGGUUAUUAAAAUUAAACUACACUCUGAAGUGACAAUGAUAAUACUUGAUACAGGACCUUACUCAGAAACUGGGUUGCAACAUCCAUUUCAUUUACACGGUUAUAAUUUCUACAUCUUAGAUGAAGGCAUAUUAAAUGGAACCACUGAGGAAAAAAUGAGGGUGCUCAAUCACCGACUUGAUCACGAUGAAAUUAAAAAUGACUAUGCCAUACAAAAAGACACUGUUGGCAUACCAUCUAGUGGAUAUGCAAUUGUUAGAUUUUUUGCUGACAACCCAGGCUUUUGGUUCAUGCAUUGUCAUUAUUUAUUUCAUCUAGACAUGGGGAUGUCAGCAACUCUACAAGUCGGAGAACUUGAAGAUAUACCAUCUGUUCCUAGCAACAUCCCAAAAUGUUCCAAUUUCAAACCACAUAUAUAA